GUACUUGCUGGUCGCUUUCGGGCCACUUGUUGGAUUUCUGCGUCUCUGGAUGGCACUGCUAAUUAUUCGCCCAACAACACAGGUUCCAGCGCAACCAACGUUGUUGGUUUAAGCUUACCUUAGACGCUAAUAUUCUUGCCUACCUGGUGCCAAAUUGGUGUGCCCAUAACAUGAUAGUCAGUCCUACGUGUGAGAGGCCAGAUCCAUACGAAGCUUCCACCUAUGACCGUCAUAUUGUUAAGUUUUACCACGGGACCGGCCUAAAAUCAACCGACUGACCGAAAAUAAUGUGUUUAAUUGAUUGCUUUAUUUCAUAGCCAGUUGGAUUAAAAUAAUUAAAUUUAUUAGUUUCAAUAUAGGGAUACAAAUCAAUCACACUUAAAUGCAAGAAUUAUAGGAAAAAUCUGAAAACCCCGGUCAAAAAAAGAGGGAGAGUAGUUUUGGUAGACGCUAGUUAUUGAUGAUUUGAAGUUAGUGUUUGGCGGGAGGCGCAAUGUUAUCCAAUACCAAGCAUUCUGAAAAGAUUAAUACGGUUCUCGAAGAUUACUUCGCUUCUCUUUGGACCCUUUCUAGUGUGUACUUUAAAUGUCAAGCUACGAUCUCCCAGGAUGUCGGCUGUGAAUGUAUCUGUAUCUGUUACUGUAUGUUAUGAGUUUUAGAAUAUGAUUUUUGCUAUUGCAGAUGUGAAGUUGUUAUAUCCAUUAUUGUAGAUUUAAGAUUAGAUUAUAGAUUAGAUUAGAUUAGACUAGAUUAUAGCAUAUUAUAGCAUGUAACUGUACGGAGAGAAAUGAGAAAUAAAACCCGGCACUUCUCGUUGAGCCUUGCAAGUGAAUGGAUGGUGUGAUUAUAACAGUUGGCGACGAGGCGGGCAAUACAUUAAAAAACGAAUCGAUAAUGGCUACAUUUAAUAUCGUGCCGUUUGUGCACGAGAAGUCAACUUGGCAAAGAUGGGUGAAGCGGUUUGCUGGUGCUGCUAAAGUGCUCAAAGUGGAUCAAGCGGACAUGCAGCAGACGCUCCUGCAUUACAUGGGCAGUGAGACUUACAACGUGCUGUGUGACUUACUCUCGCCGGACGAACUGCAGGCGAAAACGUACGAUCAUUUCGACCCCAAACCAUUGGAAAUGGUAGAGCUGUGGAAGUUCCGACAACGCACACAAAAGGAAGCAGAAAGCAUCACCUAGUUCGUGGCGGCGUUACAACGUGAAGCGAAAAACUGUGCGUUUGGUGAUUAUUUACAGAAAGGGCUGUGAAACCAGUUUGUGUUCGGUGUACGUGACAAAAUGAUACGCGAGAGGUUAAUAGGCGAAAAAGACUUAACGUUCGAGAAAGCAAAGCAAGCAUUCUCGAUGGAAACAGUCAACGACGGUGUCGAAAUUUUAGCCCAUCGGGCUCAGUCAGUUAACUUUAUGGAUCGAUAUCCAGCGCCAAGAAGCAAGCGGUAUUGUUUCCGAUGCGGCACUUCAUUGCACUUAGCGAAUAAAUGCGAACACAAAAUGAAAGUGUGUGUGUUAUGUAACAAGGUCGGUCAUUUACAACGCGUGUGUUUCAAAAUGGGGAAAGCACAUGGGAUGAACAAUAAGAAACGAGUGAGUAGGACAGCAAAUCUCGUGGAGCAAUGCGAGGAUAGUGACAGUCAGGACACAGAAGAGGAUCAAAUCCAUAAAAUAGAUAUUUUACAAGUAGAAAAUGUGAAAGAUAGCAAAAAUUUUUUUGUGAACGUACAAAUUGGAAAAUCACCAAUUAAGUUCGAGGUAGACAGUGGUUCACCAGUUACUCUAAUUAACGAACACGACAAAGAGAAAUAUCUUAAAAAUAUCAAGCUCGUACAAACGGACGUAGAGAAGUUAUUGCGGUGGAAAAAUUUCUGUCGCAGGAAUGGCUGAAGUGAAAAUCAAGACAAAAGAAGGAAUAAAGAAACUACGAUUGUUCAUAGUUGGGGGCAAUAGGCAACCAUUGUUGGGUCGCGAAUGGAUGAGAGCCUUAAAUUACGAUUGGAUUAAAAUCUUGCAUGGUAAACAGUACACAGUGGAUAAAAUUAUUGAAUCAUCGAAUACCCAAAAUGGUUUAAAAGCAAUAUUAGACGAAUUUCCUGCCGUAUUUUUGGACACAAUAGGAAAAAUAGAAGGUGUCAAAGCAUCUUUGCAUUCGAAAAAUGGGGCAAACCCAACGUUUCUUAAAGCGCGGCCUCUUCCAUUUUCUAUUCGUGAUACAAUGGAAGAGGAAUUAAAGAACAUGGUGGAUAAAGGCAUACUAGUUAAGGUAGAGAGAAGCGAAUGGGCGACCCCAAUAAUACCAGUUAGGAAAACGGGUAAAAAAGUAAGACUGUGCGGAGAUUAUAAACUAAUAAUUAACAAAGGGCUAUUAAUUGAUGAUUUCCCUCUGCCCACCAUCGAUGAACUUUUUGCAAACAUGAGUGAAGGAAAAAAAUUCUCAAAGCUCGAUUUAGCCCAAGCAUACUUACAAAUGGAAAUCAGGGAGAAAGAUCAACACCUACUAACGCUGAAUACGCACAUGGGACUUUAUCAACCAACUAGGCUUAUGUAUGGGGUAGCCUCUGCCACAGCCAUAUUUCAAAGAGAAAUAACUUCAAUUCUACAAGGUAUACCAGGAGUAACAGUAUUCUUAGAUGACGUUAAAAUAACAGCCCCAAAUGAUACGGAAUAUUUACAAAGAUUACGAGAAGUACUAAAACGGUUUAAUGAUCACAAUAUGCGAGUAAACUUAAAGAAAUGCGAAUUCUUAGAAGAUAAGAUUGAAUACUGCGGCUACAUGAUAGACAAGAAAGGAAUCCAUAAAUUACAAGGCAAAAUAGAUGCGAUAGAAAAUAUGCCAAGACCAGAAAACAAAGAGCAAGUACGCGCACUGUUAGGUUUGGUAAAUUAUUACGGAAGAUUCAUGAAAAACCUUAGCACACACAUGUACCCAAUCAACAAUUUACUUAAAGAUGAGGUUGCUUUUGAACGGUCUCCAGACUGUGAGAAAGCUUUCGCAUGGAUGAAAGCAGAAAUGCAAUCGAAACAAGCGCUUACACAUUACGAUACAAAACUACCAUUAAUAUUAGCCACGGAUGCAUCGCCUUACGGCGUGGGUGCAGUAUUAAGUCACGUUUACGCAGAUGGAAGUGAAAAUCCAAUACAAUAUGCGUCGCAAACCCUUACAAAGACUCAGCAAAUAUAUACACAGAUUGACAAAGAAGCGUACGCCGUAAUUUUUGGCAUAAAAAAGUUUUUCAAAUAUCUAUACGGUCGAAAAUUAAUACUAGUAACAGAUAUCAAGCCAUUGACACAGAUUUGGUCCCCACAAAAAGGGCUUCCGACACUCUCAGCUAUGCGCAUGCAACACUACGCAGUAUUUUUAGAAUCAUUUAACUUUGAAAUCCUUUGAAAUAUAGAAACUCAAAAGACCACGGAAAUGCGGAUGGCGUACCUCGCUUGCCGUUAAAGGACGAACCCAUAUGCGAGGCAGACGAGAUCGAUGUCUUACAAAUCAAUCAGACUGAAUCACUACCAGUACAGGCAAAAGAAGUUGCAAAAUAUACAUUGAAAGACACUACAGUGCAAGAACUAGUAAGGGCAUUGAGGACAGGCCGGACAGUAGAGGGUCGAUUUAGAUUCGGAAUAGAUCAAACCGAAUUCAGCUUGCAAAACGAUUGUUUAAUGUUUAAUGCGCGGAAUUAGAGUUUACAUUCCAAUACCUUUGCGUAAAACAAUAUUAAAGGAGCUACACAUGGGUCAUUUCGGAAUCUCACGAAUGAAAUCCUUAGCUAGGACAUACUGUUGGUGGGACUCUAUAGAUCGUGACACAGAAGAAACAGCGCGUGACUGUAUGCACUGUGCGAAAGUUAGAAAAACCCACAAAAGGUGCAAGGAUAUAGCUGGGAACAACCAGUGGAACCGUUUCAACGCAUACACAUAGACUUUGCAGGGCCAUUUAUGGGACUUAAUUUCCUAAUAAUUAUAGAUGCAGGAACAAAGUGGCCAGAAGUAAAAGUAAUAUCAGACGCGACAACAGAAACCACGAUAGAAAAAAUAAGAGAAUUCUUUGCUACAUUUGGGUUACCCUCCAUGCUAGUGUCAGACAGAGGUACACAAUUUACAUCAGAAAGUUUUCAAACGUUCUUAAAGAAAAACGGAAUUUUACACAGAAUGGGUGCUCCAUACCAUCCGGCAACAAACGGUCAGGCAGAGAGGUUUGUUCAAACAUUUAAACAGAAGUUGAAAGCGCUAUCAUGCUCUAGACCCGAGGUACACCUACAUUUACAAAAUAUUUUAUGGGCAUAUCGUAGGACGGCACAUCCCAGUACCGGGAAAAGCCCUGCUAUGGCCGUUUUUGGAAGGCAAUUAAAAUCAAAAUUGGACCUAAUGAUUCCCGGAUCCGAACAACAUACAUCAGAUAAAGAGAGAGAAAGAACAGUUAGAUCAUUUGAUGUGGGUGAUAGGGUAUCAGCCCGUGAUUUUAUUACAAAGUACAAAGUACAAAGUACAAUUAGACGACGGAAGGGUAUGGAAACGACAUAUAGAUCAGUUGAGCCCCGGACCCGGAAUGCAGUGGGAGGAGAAUAAUCUUAACUCACAGCAAAGAAUACCUUUCGAUAUGUACCCUCCAAUAACAGAAAACAAUAUGCCGCUAAACGAGACUCCAACAGAUAGCACAGAAUAUUUACGUAGAUCAACAAGAGUAAGGAAAGCGCCUCAAAGGCUAAAUCUAUAAUUUCCUUAGGGGAGGAGAGUUGUUAUAUCCAUUAUUGUAGAUUUAAGAUUAGAUUAUAGAUUAGAUUAGAUUAGACUAGAUUAUAGCAUAUUAUAGCAUGUAACUGUACGGAGAGAAAUGAGAAAUAGAACCCGACACUUCUCGUUGAGCCUUGCAAGUGAAUGGAUGGUGUGAUUAUAACAGAAGUAUUUUGGAUUUAGAGUGUGAAAUUGUGAACCUGUCCAACGUGACCAUUUCUGAACUAUAUUGACUCCUUCUUGCAAAGUUGUGCGUGAUUCGGUUCUAUUGUUGGAUGCCUUGUUGGAUGAGAGAAUUGUAUGUCGCCAGGUUCUGUCAAAAGCAUUUGAUAAAUAUUAUAUUGCACAGUCAAUGUGGUGGCCUUUGGGGUUGUGGGGUUUUAAAAGUUGAUUAAGUUCGGUAAAAUAUGUCUCAGUAUCUUUCCCACCUCUAAAGGCGAUGAUUCGUACUAAGGAGGUUGCGGUCUUCUAAUUCUUGCAUCAGUCUUGUAUUUACCAUUCUCUCCAUUAGUUUGCCAGUGCAAUUCAGGAGAGAGAUGGGGUAGCUAUCUAUUGCAUGUGGUGGUUUAUUGGGGUUUGGAAUGGGAAUUGUGAAAUAGGUCAUUCGGUAUGUUCCUGGAACACCAAAUAUUAUUGUAAAUCUGAAGGAGAACUGUUUUGGACCGUUAAGGGAGAUUUUGGAGCAUUGGAUAACCAAUGUUGUCCGGGCAUGUAGACAUGCCACGGCAUUUAUUGAUGGCCCAAUUAAGCUCAUCAAGAGAAAAAAGACUAUUUUAAAUUUGGUCGGAAGCGUCAAUGGGUGGAAGGGGUCUGGACUCAGAGAUGAUGUAUCAUAAAAGUAUCUAGCUAAAACCUCAGGUAUUUCUGUUGGUGGAAUAAUUGUGUUUUCUGUUUUUAGAAUGAUUGGAGCAAAUUUGCGGGUUUUACCGGAUAAAAUAGCUAAUUCUUGGAAUAUUAGUUUGGUGGUUAUCUUAGGGUUAAUUUUUAAAACAAAUUUGCC